AUGACCAGUCUCGAUGUUAAGCCAGAAGAUUCGGAGAAAACUAUUAUAUGCGAUGCCGCUAUGACACUCGGCGAAUGGGAGACUGGAGAAAUCCUACGCAAUCAUUCUUAUCCCGAGUCAAACCAAAUAGUUAUUCACAGGGAUGUAAAAGUCACGCUACCUCUCCAGAUCUCAGCAACAUACACUAUCUACUCAAAAUUAGCGUCAGGCACGUUUGGAAGCGUAUUCUAUGGGGAAGAAAAAUCAACUCGUCGUCCAGUAGCUAUAAAAAUUGUUGAAGCAUCCAUGGCAAAGACCGUUUCGUACAAUGGAAUAAAAAUUCCAAAAGAAGCAGCUCUUCUCCAAAAAAUUCCAUUGCAUCCGAAUAUCAUUGCAUUCAUCGAUUGGGCAGAAGCAUAUCCGAAGCAUUGGAUUUUCGUGUUCGAAUAUCAUGGAUUCGGCCAAGAUAAACCAAAAUCCACUUUAAACCACUAUUUAAGAGAUGUUGCGAGAAGUAGAGGGAAGCAAGGAUUAACGGAAAACGAAGCGAAGAAAAUUAUGCAUCAGUUACUUUCGGCAUGUUCUCAUUUGGAGAAACACGGGAUUUAUCACUGCGAUUUAAAAUUGGAUAAUAUAGUCGUUGAUGCCGAGGGUAAUAUAAAAUUAAUCGAUUUUGGUUUAGCAAUCGAAGGAAAGAGAAGCCGUGGGAGAACUGGGUCAAUUUUUCCUCCGGAAAUGUAUGACUAUUACAUUCCGUACGAACUAUCAACAGCACAAAUAUGGGUACUUGGAAGUGUUUUUUACCAACUUUUUGAGGCAACUAAACCAUAUCAUGAAGAGAGGGUAAAGUCCAAGGCAUUAGGUCGAGUCAUGUACAGCAAGCAUAAUCGACCUUCAAACGAAUGCGUAGAGUUAAUAGAUUGGAUGUUGAAAGCAGAGCCUAACCACCGACCGCCGUCUGUAAGGAGGGUUAUGCAUGAGUUGUUUAGGCGCACUUGA